AUGGCUAAAACGCUUGAAAAGGAGCUGACUUCUUCUCAUGGUGCCGCUCACGAUAUAACUUAUGCCUCAAUCUACAUCAGUCUCCCUAAAACUCCCUAUGAUUGGUCGACAACGAAGAAAUUUAUUCACAUCGGGCUGGUCAGCUCUUUCACUUUUAUCACUCCGCUGGCAUCAUACUUUGACCAAGCCUCUGAGAAGACUUUGACCAAGCCUCUGAGAAGACCGCCAUGGUUAACAUUGUGUUUUACCUUCUGGCUAGCUAUGUUCGCGCCUGGUGUACCACAACUGAUGAAAGAAUUCGGUAGCACCAGCCCUACUCUGGCUUCAUUUGUGGUCUCCGUGUUUGUCCUUGGCUUUGCAUUCGGCCCACUGGUCAUGGCACCCUCAAGUGAGCUGUGGGGACGGCUGCCGGUGUACUGGGUGUCCGGGGCGGGCUUCGUUGGCUUCAAUGCCGCUUGCGCACGCGCGGAGUCACUUGGUGAGCUGAUAGCGUAUCGUUUCGCGGCUGGCGCCUUUGGGUCAGCGCCAUUGUCUAAUGGAGGAGCUUCGAUCGCAGACAUAGUGCGACCUGACAAACGCGCCGCCGCCAUGGCUAUUUUCGCCCUGGGGCCCUUGCUGGGCCCUGUUAUUGGCCCAGUGAUUGGAGGUCUCAUCGCAGAUGCCUAUGGCUGGCGCUGGGUUUUCUGGACACUUGCCAUCAUCGGAUCCGCGCAAACAUUCCUCAUGGCCGUCUUGAUGCGCGAGACGUACGGGCCUGUUCUCGAAGCGCGUAAGACUUUGUCGUCUACAGACUCUACGACAUCAAUGCCAUUGCCUCGCUCCUCCUUCCGGGACAAAACCAAGUUACUGAGGCGAGGCUUGGAGCGUCCCAUCAAACUGCUUCUUUUCUCACCAGUAUCAGCUGUUCUCGCACUUUACAUGGGGGUUGUCUAUGGGUACCUGUACUUGAUGUUCACGUCGAUCCCUGAGACCUUUGAGACUAUAUAUGGCUUCACUACCCAGACCGUCGGUCUGAUCUACUUGGGUAUCGGCGCCGGCUCCAUUCUCGGUUUAGUGUACUUCGGUGUAGCCUCGAAACUCGACGCACAGAAGAAGGCAGCCCACGGCCAAAGCACCGACGCCGGCAUUCUUGAUAUGCAGCCGGAAGACCGACUCCGCCCUCUCCGAGGUGCAACACCCUUGAUCCCCGUGGGGCUAUUCAUCUACGGCUGGACGGCCGAGUAUCGUGUACACUGGAUGGCCCCAGUGGCAGGCAUGGCACUCGUGGGUUUUGGUAUGGUUGUUGUCUUCAUCGCGGUACAGCUGUACUUGGUUGAUGCUUUUGAUACGUUUGCGGCAAGUGCUGUGGCGGCCAACGCCGUCUUUCGUUCGCUGGCUGGGGGAGUCCUCCCCAUGGCCGGUCUGCCCAUGUAUGGAGAGCUGGGGAUUGGAUGGGGCAACAGUUUACUAGGUUUCGUUGCUCUAUCUCUGAUUUUAAUCCCGUGGCUGCUGAUAAGACACGGCGAAAAGCUCCGAAAGAACUUUGAGCCACAAGAUCUGUGA